AUGCCAGAGUCAGGAGACGAAAAUGAAGCUCGUCAGUCAAAAAAGAAAGUUUCUUUUCCAAAAUAUGAAGAACUUGACGAAGCUCAACCGCCGAUAUCUUAUAUUGAAGCACUUGCGAAUUUAUUUAAGGGAAAUGUAGGAACAGGUUGCUUUGCAAUGGCUGAUGCCAUCAGACAUGCUGGAAUAAUCCUAGGUCCAACAUUCUUGACGAUUAUUGCAAUAAUUUGUAUUCAAUGCAUGAAAAUGCUUGUCAAUGGAGCUGAAUACAUAAUGAAAGCGAAUGAACUAAGUUCACGACCAGCGUAUGCUGAAGUUGUUGAGCUUUGCUUCCUAGGCAAUAAAUCUGAAAAUGUUCAAUUGAAGAAAUAUUCAGCAGUAGCUAAAAAAAUCUGCAAUAUUGCAAUUUGCAUCACACAGCUUGGAUUUUGUUGUGUCUACUUACUGUUCGUUUCAAGUAGUAUAAAGUUGAUACUUGAUCAUUAUGACGUACAUAUGAAGCUAUCAAUUGUCAUGACGAUUGUUUUAAUACCGCUAUGGAUGUCUAUUAUGGUGAGGAAGUUGAAAAGAAUUGGACUUGCCAAUAUUUUCAUGAUUUUGGGAGUUAUUUCAGCCGUUGGAUAUUCCUUGAUUGACUUGCCACAUUUUAGUGAUCGAAAGUAUGUGAGCAUUGAAAGCUUGCCUUUAUUCUUCGGAACAGCAAUGUUUGCAUUUGAAGGAAUCGCUUUAGUUCUUCCCCUUCAAAAUGCAAUGAAGGAACCAAAGAAAUUCGUUGGACUUCUUGGUGUCAUGAAUGUUGGAAUGGUAUUAGUCUCAAUAAUUUAUGUCAUGAUCGGUUUCUUUGGGUAUUGGAAAUUUGGUGAGGAAACAGCAGCAUCCUUGACACUUAAUCUUCCAGUGGAUCAGAUACUGGCUCAAGUUAUAAUAGUUAUGGUCGCAACUGGUGUACUUUUUGGAUAUCCAAUUCAGUUUUAUGUAGCCAUCCAAAUUAUGUUCUCGCCAAUAACAAAAAAAUUGGAAUUAGCAAAGAAAAGUCCGAUUACUGCAGAGUUAAUCUUCAGAUCACUUAUGUGUUUUGUGACGUUUGCAGUCGCACAAUUGAUUCCAAACUUGAGUAUCUUACUGAGUUUGAUUGGUGCUGUUUUCUGUAGCAUUUUGGUGUUUAUAUUUCCAUCUAUAAUCGAGUUGACAACGAGAAAAGCACAAUAUAACCGUAUUGGAUUACCUUACUGGAUUAAAAACAUGUUUAUCAUAUUACUGGCAACUCUUGGUAUAAUUAUUGGUGGUGGACAAGCUAUUUAUGAAAUUUAUCUAGGAUUUUUCACAGACUCAAACUAA